AGCGCCCUCCCUUCACCUGCUAUUCUUCUUCACACUCAGCGCAGUGGUCUUUGACUUUGAAACAUGGCUGCCUUUAGGGAAACACCAUAAUACUGCAGCCUACAAUGUUCCUUCUACAUCAUAUAUUUCUCACAAGGGCGGUCGUGUAUUAGUUUGACCAGACAUGUCGGAUAAAGAGGCCGGUAUGGGGAAGGAGAGUCCCGGGGAGAAGGGUUACAGGACCCCCGGGCUGAGGGCCACGCAGACCACCACCAUGUUCCGAGCCUUCAACCCCGAACUGUUCAUCAAGCCGAACAAACCGGUGAUGGCGUUUGGACUGGUGAGCAUCACGCUGUGUGUGGGGUACCUGGGAUACAUGCACGCCAUGAAGGAGAACGACCAGCAGCUGUACGAGGUCAUCGACAGCGAGGGAGAGAAGUACAUGAGGAGGAAGACUUCCAAAUGGGACUGACGUGUGUGUGUGUGUGUGUGUGUGUGUGUGUGUGUGUGUGUGUGUGUGUGUGUGUGUGUGUGUGUGUGUGUGUGUGUGUGUGUGUGUAUUAAACUGGAUUCAAACAAGGAUAUUCUCUAAAUAUAUUCAUUUACCUCUCCAAGACAACACUGUUUCAACAAGAAUCGGGCAUGAUGAUCACUAUUAUGAACAUACUUUACUUUUGGACUGUUGCUCAGAGAAAACAAGAUAUUUAAAGUAAUCUUGGGUUCUUGUCAAAGAUCAUUUGUAUAUAUAUUAAGACAUUUAUUUAUUGAUUAAUCCCAAAUAAUAUUGAUAAGGGAAUGCAAAACCACAAAUAUAUUUUGCCCUAAUGGGACCUACAGUAUAUCAAACCAUUAUCGCUCCAACCAACUGAGCAGAGCCUUUAAUAUGAAAAGGAAUUCAAUGACUUCCUAAAGCCUCUUCUAAAACCCAAAAUACUUCUUGGGUUAUGGUCAGCUAUGUGACAUUUCUACACCUGAAACUCUGUCAAAGUGCUGUUUGUUAUUUACACAACAAAUAAUUAAGAGCUCCAAUGGGGAGAGGAAAACACAAAUAAAAGAGAAUAUUUUUUAUUUCAUUUAAAAAAUAUUGCUAUAUGAAAAAUUGCAAUCAAACUAAAAAAACCACCUCAUAUAAUUUUGAGUUUUGUUUAUGGUAAAAAGCAAAGAUUAAAAUAGUCUUAUUAUUAUUCUUUGAAGUGUAUAGUGUUGGCCCCAACACACUAUGUAUGAGUGACAUUAUAGUACUCUACUUAUAAGAUAGGAUUAGAUCAGGAAGAUAUGAUCAGGUGUCGGAUCAUCAACAGAAAUGAGAGACAAAAGAAAGGGAAAGUAGGAACACACAAGGAUAAUGUGAAAUAUCCACAGAAUAAAAGUAUCAUUUAAAAUGACAAGAGUACGAUUAUGUAAAACCGUUGACAGAGAACGAUAUGAAUAAGUAUGAGCAUGAUAAAUAUAUACAUCUAUGUCCAACUGGAAGUCCAAAGGAGGUUCAUUUGUUGAAAGUCUUAGUUACAUACAAUGCAUAUUUUUGACUGAUGUGAAGGAUAGCAAAUAUAAAGAUUUUUUCAAUUCUGCAAUUA